AUGGGAGAUAAUACUAAUGAUACUAAGAAACCGGCGAUGACUGAGGAGGAAAGGAUUGCUCUGUGUAAAAAAUUGGACAAAGAACUUGACGAUUUUAUAGAUGGUUUGGAGAAAAAGAGGUAUACAGAAGGAUGGCCAGAAGACCGGUGGGAGGAGGAAAUGGACAAGCAUCCGUUCUUUAUGAAGUCCACUCCUGAAGAUGGUGAGCUAUCACCAUUAGCCGAGGGUCUCGCCAAACUGAAAUAUGAUCCCGAAGAAAACACUCCAUUAGAAUUAGCCACCAAUUACAAAGACGAUGGAAAUUUUAACUUCAAACACAAGAAUUAUCGACUUGCUAUUAUAGGGUACACAGAAGGUAUCAAGGUAAAAUGUGAUGAUGCGGAAAUAAACGCUAGUUUAUACAAUAACAGGGCUGCCGCACACUGGCAUCUCAAGAACUACAGAUCAGCUUUGUAUGACAGCGAGAAAGCAUUGUCGUACAACCCUGAACACGAGAAAUCGAGAUUAAGAGCCGCAAAAUCUGCACUGCAGAUAUCAAAAUUUGAUACAUGCAUUGAACAUUGUCAGAAACUUCUAGAACAAAAACCAACAGAUAAAGAACUAUCUAAACUCAUGGCUGAUGCCAAAAAGAAAAAGUUACUGGUGGCAAGAGAUGAAAGAAAGAAAAAAAAGGUGGAAGCUAAGAAAAGCGAACAGAAGGAUUUAGUAAUAAAAGCUGUAAUAGAGCGAGGUAUCAAAAUAUCCAAAUGCGAAGAUGAAGAUGACGUAGAUCUAUCAAAAUUAGAACCAACUUUACCGGGAGCACAAGAUUCUAUAGUACAUUUAGAGGAUGGAAUAUUAAAAUGGCCGGUGUUAUUCCUAUAUCCUGAAUAUCAGACAUCGGAUUUCGUGAAAGCAUGUCCAGAGAACGUACCAUUGAUAAGUCAAUUGGAGCAACUAUUUCCAGCGCCAUGGGACGAAGCUAAUAAUUACAAGGCUAGCAGUAUUAACGUUUAUUACGAGGGUCGUGAUAAAAUGCCCCAUAUAGUUGAUCCGAAAAGGAAUUUAGGUGAACUGUUAGUUGCUAAAUAUUUUGAAUUGAAGGCCGGUACCCCGGCUUUUUUCGUUAUGGUACGCGGCAGUCGUGUGGAAAGCAGAUUCCUGGAAAGUUAUCUGUCCAAAGAAGAUAUCAAGGUAAGAACUAAUAAAGCAGAAAAGAUUGCUGGCUUAUACAGCAAGAGGGCUGCAGCACAUUGGCAACUCAAGAACUUUAAACAAGCAUUGUAUGAUUGUGAGAAAGCUUUGCUGCUCAACCCUGAUGAUGAUAAAGCAAGGCUAAGAGCUGCAAAAUCAGCAUUGGAAGCAGCUAAUUACGACGCUGCUAUUGAACAUUGUCAGAAACUGAUACAGAAAAAUUCCAAGGACAGAAAACUUUUUGAGCUUUUGGCUAUUGCUAAAAAGAAGAAGAUGGAGGCUCAGACGGAUAAAGAAUCAGCAUUAGUCCUAAAAACUGUAAUAGAGCGUGGCAUUAAAAUAUACAAAUGCGAAGAUGAACAUGACAUAGAUAUAUCAAAGUUAGAACCAACUUUACCAGCGGCUCGUGAUUCUAUGGUAUAUUUAGAUGAUGGCGUUUUAAAAUGGCCGUUGCUAUUACUAUACCCAGAAUAUGAAACCUCAGAUUUCCUGACAUCAUGUCCAGAGAAUGAGCCGCUGAUUAAGCAAUUGGAAAAACUUUUUCCAGCGCCUUGGGAUAGGGGUAAUAAAUACUGCACUAGCAAUAUUAACGUUUAUUACGAGGGUUGUGAUAAAAUGCCGCAUAUAGUUGAUCCGAAAAGGAAUUUAGGUGAACUGUUAGUUGAUAAAUAUUAUGAAUUGAAGGCCGGUACCCCGUCGUUUUUCGUUUUGAUACGCGGCAGUCUUGAGGAGAGUAGAUUUUUAGAAUGUUACAAGUAA